AUGAAAGAGAACGAGACAAAACGGCAACAUUGGGGUGAGUCGGUGAAGGGCCGUGUUUCCAGCGACUACAAGGGCCUGACGGAUGCGGAGCUGGAGCGGCGCUUCGCCUCCGGCGGCGGCAACGCCUCGGAGAAGCUCAUGACGGAGCAAGAAGUGCUGGCAAUGCUGCGAAAGGGCAAGGAUGGCAAGGAGAAGAAAAAAUGA